CGCCCGUGGAAUGCCAACAAUGUAGCGAAUGUCCCACUUGGGUCUGCGCGCUGGCUGCGCGGCGUGAGCCCCGGGAAGAUGGAGCCGCCGCCGCCCCGGGCCCCGCGCGCCCCCCGGGGACAGCCGUCGCCGCGGCCCCCGGCGCCCGGACUCCCGGCGCGCGACUGCCCGGCCGGGCGGGCGAGGACGCCGCGGAGGGCGUAGACCGCGCCCCGGAGAUAGCAAUGGUCUUCAAAAUGAAGACUCUGGAAAAUUUUAGGUUCUUUAUAGGAACUACAAACAUGAAAGGAAAGACAAUUUUCAGAAAAAAAUUUUUUUAAAAGUUUGUUUACAACUGACACUAUUGACAUUUAAAAAAAAAUUAAAGAAGAUUGUAUUUAUGGUGAAAGUGAACUGGACUAACAAUGAGGCCAAAGACUUUUCCUGCCACGACUUACUCUGGAAACAGCCGGCAGCGCUUGCAGGAGAUUCGAGAAGGCUUGAAGCAGCCGUCCAAGGCCUCGGCGCAGGGGCCAUCUGCGGGACCAAGCAGCGAUGCCCCCCUGGAUGCCAAGGUCCUGGGGGCCAAGGACGCUGCCCGGCAGCAGCAGAUGCGAGCCACGCCCAAGUUCGGGCCCUACCAGAAGGCACUGAGGGAGAUCAGAUACUCCUUGCUGCCUUUCGCCAAUGAGUCGGGCACGUCUGCCAGUGCUGAAGUGAACCGACAGAUGUUGCAGGAGCUGGUGAAUGCCGGGUGCGACCAGGAAAUGGCAGGCCGGGCACUCAAGCAGACAGGCAGCCGGAGCAUCGAGGCCGCCCUGGAGUACAUCAGCAAGAUGAGCUACCUGGACCCCAGGAAUGAGCAGAUCGUGCGGGUCAUCAAGCAGACCUCCCCAGGAAAGGGACCCGCGCCAAGCACCGUGCCUCCACGUGCCAGCUUCGAAGGGACUGGGGAGCCCUUCCCGGCCUUCCAGCACCUGAGUGCAGGCGUGUACGAGGGCCCCGGGCCCCUGGAGGAGGUGCCCCGGCAGUACGUGGACUUCGUCUUCACGGGAGUUAGCCCCCACCUGCCCAGUGCCCACCCGCACCCGCCCAAGGGCUACCCCGUGGGCAUGGAGGCGGGCCUGGGCUUCCCUGUGAGCGGCCCCGGGGGCGCGGCCCUGCCCCUGCCGGGGCCCCUCUACCGGCCCCACGUGCCGCUGGCCUACGGCGUGCAGCGCAGCCCCUCCUUCCAGGGCAAAGCCCCCGAGACCCCCGGCUACGCCCUUCCGCUGGGCUCGGCCCAUGGCUUCCCACCCGCGGCGCCCGCGGUAGGGAUGUACGUGCCGCACCCGCAGCACCCGCACCACAAGCCGCACCCGCUGCACGUGGUGGGCUCCCGGGGCCCGGUCUUUGCCGGGGACAGCCCCCCGCAGAACUUGCUGGUACCCUCCAGGAACAGCCUCAACGUGGACCUGUACGAGCUGAGCGGCCCCCCCGGGCAGCAGUGGCCGGCUGCCACCCUGUCCCGCCGGGACUCGCUGCAGAAGCCUGUCCUGGAGGCGCCCCCUCGCCCGCACGCCAGCUUCCGGCCCGACGGGCCCGUGCCCAGCAGGACCAACUCCUUCAACAGCCACCAGCCGUCGGCGACUCCCGGGCGGGCGGCAGUGCCCAGCAAGGCGGAGCCGGCCCUGCCCUCUCCCAACACCAUCACGGCCGUCACGGCCGCCCACAUCCUGCACCCGGUCAAGAGCGUGCGCGUCCUGCGUCCCGAGCCCCAGACAGCGGUGGGCCCCUCGCACCCUGCCUGGGUGCCGGCGGCCGGGGUGGACGGCCUGGACCCCAAGGAGGAGCCCCCCGUGGCCCUGGGUGUGUCCAGCAGCUACUCGUUGGACUCCGAAUUCAGCGGCCCUGGGCCCGAGAUGCGGUGCCCGCCGCCGCCCUACCCCCGGCACCUGCUGCUGCAGGGCCCGUCGGAGCAGCGCGACGUGGACGACCUGUGUGUGAGCCUGGAGCAGGGCUUCCGAGGGGCCCAGGCCGCGGAGCCCGGCAGCGACAAGAGCCACAAGGGCGCCAAGGCGGACAAGGUGGGCAAAGACAAGAAGCAGAUCCAGACGUCGCCGGUGCCCGUGCGCCGGAGCUGCAGGGACGAGGAGAAGCGCGAGUCGCGCAUCAAGAGCUACUCCCCUUUUGCCUUCAAGUUCUUCAUGGAGCAGCACGUGGAGAACGUCCUGAAGACCUACCAGCAGAAGGUCGGCCGCCGGCUGCAGCUGGAGCAAGAGAUGGCCAAAGCUGGCCUCUGCGAAGCGGAGCAGGAGCAAAUGAGGAAGAUCCUUUACCAGAAGGAGUCAAACUAUAACAGGCUGAAGAGAGCCAAGAUGGACAAGUCUAUGUUUGUAAAGAUCAAAACCCUGGGCAUCGGGGCCUUUGGGGAAGUGUGUCUGGCCUGCAAGGUGGACACGCAUGCCCUCUAUGCCAUGAAGACGCUACGCAAGAAGGACGUCCUCAACAGGAACCAGGUGGCCCACGUCAAGGCCGAGAGGGACAUCCUGGCCGAGGCCGACAACGAGUGGGUGGUGAAGCUGUACUACUCCUUCCAGGACAAGGAGAGCCUCUACUUCGUGAUGGACUACAUCCCCGGGGGGGACAUGAUGAGCCUGCUCAUCCGCAUGGAGGUCUUCCCCGAGCACCUGGCCCGCUUCUACAUUGCUGAGCUCACGCUGGCCAUCGAGAGCGUCCACAAGAUGGGCUUCAUCCACCGCGACAUCAAGCCAGACAACAUCCUGAUAGAUCUCGAUGGCCAUAUCAAACUGACUGAUUUCGGCCUCUGCACUGGAUUCAGGUGGACUCACAAUUCCAAGUACUACCAGAAAGGCAGCCACAUCAGACAAGACAGCAUGGAGCCCAGUGACCUCUGGGACGACGUUUCCAAUUGUCGCUGUGGGGACAGGCUGAAGACCCUGGAGCAGCGCGCGAGGAAGCAUCAGCGGUGCCUGGCGCACUCCCUGGUCGGCACCCCCAACUACAUUGCACCCGAAGUGCUGCUUCGGAAAGGGUACACGCAACUGUGUGACUGGUGGAGUGUGGGGGUGAUCCUCUUCGAGAUGCUGGUCGGGCAGCCCCCUUUCCUGGCCCCUACUCCCACGGAGACCCAGCUGAAGGUGAUCAAUUGGGAGAACACGCUUCACAUCCCGGCCCAAGCCAAGCUGAGCCCCGAGGCACGCGACCUCAUCACCAAGCUGUGCUGUGCUGCCGAGCGCAGGCUGGGCAGGGCUGGGGCCGAGGACCUGAAGACGCACCCGUUCCUGGCCGCCAUGGACUUCUCCAGUGACAUCCGCAAGCAGCCUGCUCCCUACGUGCCCAAGAUCAGCCACCCGAUGGACACCUCCAACUUCGACCCGGUCGAGGAGGAAAGCCCCUGGCACGGUGCGAGCGGAGAGAGCGCGAAGGCGUGGGACACGCUCACCUCGCCACACAGCAAGCAUCCCGAGCACGCCUUCUACGAGUUCACCUUCCGGAGGUUCUUUGAUGACAACGGCUACCCCUUCCGGUGCCCGAAGCCCUCGGGGACAGAUGCCUCUCAGGCCGAGAGCACAGAGCUGGAGAGCCCCGCCUUGGGGGAGCCGGCGGAAAGCUGCCAGCCCGUGUACGUGUGACUGCAACUGGGGCCU